UUUGAUAUAGAAAGAGAUAUUGGUUGUCCUCCUAACAAACACAGACGCACACACACACACACAAACUGAAUUGUGUUCUCCUGACUACAACUCGUAACUGGGGGUUGCAGAGACUCGGUUCAGUUUGCGCGAACACAAUUUGAAUUACUAAAAUGGCCACCAUCUCCGCCUGCACCUCAACUUCCUCAGUUGCACGCGCCGCCCUCGUCCAGAAGGCCUCCGCCGCCCGUCCCGCCGCCGUCCUUGGGCUGCCAUCAAUGUCCAAGAACAUGGGGAAAGUAAGAUGCUCCAUGGAGGGAAAGCCACAAGAGAGCGAGCCGACGCUGGGGAUGGGGGCUUCCCUGAUGGCGGCGGCGUGUGCGGCGGCGAUGUCCAGCCCAGCCGCCAUGGCUUUGGUGGACGAGAGAAUGAGCACAGAAGGAACUGGGCUUCCAUUUGGGCUCAGCAACAAUCUAUUGGGCUGGAUCCUAUUGGGGGUGUUCGCUCUGAUUUGGGCCCUCUACUUUGUGUACACAUCCGGCCUUGAAGAGGAUGAGGAAUCAGGGUUGUCCCUUUGAAGCUUUAAUUAUGUUUUAUUCUGAGUGAAAAAAAAAAAAAAACACUAUGUUGAUUCUGUGCCUGUAAACAUCUCAUUUUAAUGUAAUUUUAUGGUUUCUUGCUUGAAA